CCAUAGAGACUUCCCACUUCAUGUCAUUCAACCAACCACUGUCACACUCUGUUCUCCUUACGGGCAGAGAUUUCCAACCUCUGAGCCACAUUUGUGAGCUCCCACCGCCACCGAAACCACCCGACAGGGUUGUCACUCCAAUGUCGUCCCUCAAUUUGUCUUUGUUGGUCACCACCGGAAAGCACUUUUCAAUCUUACAAACUUCCCUCCAACUGUUUGAUGAAAUGCCAAAGUGCCACAUAACUUCUCUAACUUCUCUACCAACUGUUUGGAGUGCAAUCAUCAACAGGUGCAUGAAUAAUGAUCAGUUUGUUGCUUUUGAUUUGUUCAAAGACAUGCAUAGGAUGCCUACUACCCCUAGUGAUUUUCAAGAGUAUUUUGAUGACAAGCACAUGCUUUGUGCCGCUUGGUUGCUGGAAAUGCUUAAUCUAUAUGAAAGUAAUUAUGAAAACUGUGCUGAAAGUGAUCCUAUAAAGAAUUUUCUAAUUGAAGAAAUUAAGGUUUUGAAAGAGGUUAAGUGGAUUGGUCUUCCAAAUUUCAUGCUGCAAGCUGCAUUUAUUUCUUUACUCCAGAGAAAGCUUCAAGUGUCCACUCAAAGAGCAUGUGAGAAACUGAUUGCUAAACAGAAGAAUUCAAUCCAACAUGUGAUGGAGGCUGUUGAGUGUGGAAAAACAAAGGGGUCAGAAUAUUUGGUUUUGUUUCUAAAGCUGGUGUUUAUAGUUCUGAUUUGGAGGGUUUGGUUAGAGUUUCGAAUUAUCCACUCAUGAAGGUGAUA